AUUCUCAGGUCAUAAUAUUUCUGUGGUUUCUGAAUUAUACCUUUCAUCUCUCUCUGAACGUGAAACAAAAAUAUAUAGCACCAUAUGGAACACCUUAAAGAAGAGCAAGCAGAACCAGUUAGUCCUAUGGGACAAUACUUCAACAGCUCUGUGUUAUGCAUAUACAUAAUUGGAGUUUUAGAGUUUGAAGUUCCAAUACAUGACUUGCAAACCUUGGCUCUUAUUAAAGAUGUUUUCAUUCCCAUCAAUCCACGCUUCUCCUCCGUCAUGAUCCAAGAUAAAGAUGGAGAGAAACGAUGGAAGCAAGUUGAUGUGAAUUUGAAAGACCAUGUCCACUUUCCCAUAUUCCCCUCAGGCAAAACAGUGGAAUCAUAUGACAAACAUUUUCAUGAUUACUUAUCAAGCAUAGCAAUGGAGCAAUUAUCACAAAGCAGACCUUUAUGGGAAAUUCACAUUAUCAAUUACCCCACAAAUGAUGCAUCUAGCAGUGUAAUAUUUAAGCUUCACCAUGCACUUGGAGAUGGUUAUUCUCUAGUUGGUGCACUUCUUUCUUGUCUACAAAGAGCUGAUGAUCCCUCUCUUCCCUUGUCCUUUCCUUCUCUAAGACCAUCAAAGCCAGAAUCAUCAACCAAAAGCUUUUGGAGAAGAUUUUCUUGGAUGUUGUCCUCUGCCUUCAACACUGUCUCAGAUUUUGGAUGGAGUAUAUUGAAGAGUAGCAUCAUUAGUGAUGAUAAAACACCAAUAAGGUCCGGAGAUGAAGGAACCGAGUUUCGCCCAAUUUCCAUAACAAAUAUGGACUUCUCCAUUGAUCAUGUCAAGGAAAUCAAGUCCAGGUUGGGAGUGACUAUAAACGAUGUGAUAACCGGAAUCGUCUUCUAUGGGACUCGGUUAUAUAUGCAAGACAUGGACUUGAAGUCAAUGACGGCAGACUCCACUGCGUUGGUCUUAUUGAAUACGAGAAACAUCGAAGGUUACCAAUCAAUAAAUGACAUGCUCAACACUAAAGCCAAGGGUCUAUGGGGGAAUAAGAUUUCCUUCUUGCAUGUACCAAUACCCAAAUUGAAUCAAAACAAAAUUUCAAACCCUCUAGAUUUUAUUUGGGACUCUCAUAAUGAAAUCAAGAGAAAGAAACAAUCUUUGGCGGUUGCCCUCACUGGGACACUUUUGGACAUGGAGAGUAAGUUCAGAGGACAAGAGGCAGUAGCUAAACACCUUCGAGGGACAGUGACGAAUUCAAGUGCAGUGAUUUCAAGCUUGGUUGGACCGAUGCAACAAAUGUCUUUAGCUAAUCAUCCUGUGAAAGGCUUGUACUUCACAUUAGCCGGUGGACCUGAGAGUCUUGCCAUUUCAAUUAUGAGCUACGUGGGAGUGCUUAGAGUUACCCUUAAAACGGAAAAAGACUUCAUAGAUGAACAGAGAUUGAAGUAUUGCAUGCAAAGUGCAUUUCAGAUGAUACUCAAAGCAGCUACGGGAAAUUCCUGACAAAAAGAAAUACAUUAGCGUCAUCCUCACCAAAGUACAAGCAGUCAAAAUUCUUGUAUGUGUUUGGAGAAUUGAAAUUGCUUAAUUAUUAAUCAAUUUCUUUUUUAAAAAAUAUGAUGUUAUUAUUUCAUAUAUCGGUUUGAUGAACGCCUUAAUUAUGUAAACAAUAUGUUGUGUGUAUGCUCUGAUACUUAAUAAUGUAAUCCAUUUUUAU